AAGUUGAGCUUGGUUAGGAAAAUGUCGGAAGGCUCAGAGUGCUCUCCAAUCUCCACUCGCUAUCAAGCCAGUGCUAUCAUAUUACUGGAAGCCAGAUCUAAGCUCAUUUGCUGGUUCUCACACAGCAUUAACUGUAACGAGCCCUCCAGUAAAAACCGGGAGAGCCACGUGCCACAAGACAUCCGCAGCCGCAAGCUACCUCCGCCGCGGGCAAGGAGAGCACAAGUGAUCAGGUGCCAGGCUCUUGUGAGGACGCACUUUUAUCGGUAGUGCCGCCAGUGUAACUCUUGACCUGAAGGUGACUCAAGAGUGCCAUCGAGUCUGUGAUCCAUAUCUUCGGCGCCAAUGAGGAGGUGCGGCACCCCCUCGUUGCAGGUGUCUCGGCAUCGAUUGACCCCAAGGUGACUCUUGACUUUUACAAUACUGAGGCUCCGUCAAGAUCAUUUCUUUUGUUACGCGCCUUAGGGGACUCUCACUCUACGCGCUCCUUCACGGUCUUGAGCAGGACUUAGGCGCUACGCUGUCAGUGUUUACCGCUUGACCGACCAUUGACACUGGCACAGUUUUGUCGACGGACAACAAUUACCGUGAAGGUGUUGGGGUAGCGUGAGGGCCAGGCGUGAGGGCCAGGCGUGAUAGUGACGGGCGUGGACGUGCGAGUCUCACCUGAGGGCAGCGCAGUGGUGAGGGCCAUGGUGGGGCAUUAGGUCAUGAGUGGGAGCCCCAGGACGAACCAGCCCUUCUCCGUGACCUCCCUGCUAAGCCCCCUGGAUACCCUAGCCUCUACUGUGGACGUGGCAGCAGCAGCAGCAGCCGCAGCAGCAGCAGCAGGGCGGGGCUCGAGUGGGAGCAGUAGCACCAGCAGCAGCACGUUCGCUACCCCAGGGAUUGCCGCCUCAGCCUCCGUCAACGACUUCGCCGCCGCCAUGCAGAACCCUUACGGCAUGAGCCCCAUGGCUCACAUGGCGCAGUUCGGGACACACUCCACCUACCAGUACUGUAACACCGACCUCUCCCACUACGCCGCCCCUGCCUCCGCCUCCUGGUACGGCACCUCCACCUCCGACCCGAGGUUCGCAAUCUCGCGGCUGAUGGGCGGCUCCAACAUGAACAUGAAUAUGGGGAACGUGACGUCGCUAUCAACAUGUAGUAUGGGUGACAACAAAGCGAUGCAGUUCCCCCUCUCACAGCGCAGAAAACGUAGGAUCCUCUUCACGCAAGCCCAGGUGUAUGAGUUAGAACGACGCUUCAAGCAGCAGAAAUACCUAUCAGCGCCUGAGCGAGAACACCUGGCCUCUCUCAUUAACCUCACGCCGCAACAGGUGAAGAUAUGGUUCCAGAAUCACAGGUACAAGAUGAAGCGAGCGGCCAAGGAGAAGGCCAUGUCAGAGCAGACACCCUCCUCCAACCAGAAUGCCACGUCGCCUCGUCGCAUCUCCGUGCCGGUGCUGGUGAAGGAGGAGAACGCCACCAAAGGUUCCUCGUCAUCGUCAGGAGCUACGGGGGAGAGUAAGCUGGGACACCACCGCGACACCUCCUCCACCUCCUCCUCUAACCUGGCGGGCUCUAACACCUCCAGUCUCCUACCGGCGCACCUCACUUGCGACACUGCGGGUGCCCUCGACCCUUUCCGUAGCCAGGGGUCCGCCACGCCCGUCAGCGCCGCAGCCUUCCCGUCGAUGACCCCGCUACAUCACAACGUCAACAACGCCUACCUCCACCACCAGCGUGCGUGGUAAGGGUCUGGAGGGCCCCUCGCACUUACCAGGGGCAUGGCGGGGCCCCCUAACACCUGCCAGGGGAGGAGCAGAGACCCUUACGCUCGGCGGGAGGACUUGUGAGCCUCACACACUGUGCACGCCUCGCUAGGGAUGCCCAGGACUCACUCUCUCACCUGGGAUACAGAAGAAGGCUUGACUAGGGCGUGGGCGGCCCUACACGCUCACCAGAAGGCCCCCCACUACCACCUCCACCAACAGUCAGCUGACAUCUCAAGGACGUGGGCAUGAUACUCGCCGCACUGACGGAAAUAUCAAGACGGACAGGCCUAUGUUUGGCCAUAGUUCACCCGAGUCAUCGCCCUCCACUUAAACCUCGGCAUUACUUAGGACAACACGCACCUCACCUCCUGGAAAUACCUGGGACAGUCUGCAUUCAUCAGUGUUCUCAUAAGAGUCUUACAUAAAUACGUUAUCAGUUAAAGUGUAGUAAAAAAAGGGGCGAUCUGUGUGUUCAUAACUUGCUUUAUCACUGUGAAAAUUACACUGGAAAAUAAAGCAAUAGCUCUUGAAAGUAAAACUACUCAUUGGUAUUCCAGUCUCGCGCCCUCACAGCCCUUAAAAGUGGAUCACACAAGACUGGGGUCGGAGGCUGAAGGGAGGCAACAAAGGGCAGGUAUUUGCAGUAAUUCAGAGCAGCUGUGAACUUGUGACUUCCAGUAUUUAAAACUUUUGUGAUCCGGUAUAUUGUGGCAGUGGAGUGAACGUGACUCGCCUCAAAAUAAUCCCUCGUUAUGCAUUCAUGCCACAACUGUACAGGAGCCGGGAGUGAUAACAGUGACGUGGCUGGAUAGUCAAGGAUGUUUAUUUUUCUUGGUUUGGCCUUUGAAAGUGCACGGAGAUGUUUCGUGGGCGAGGUGGGGGAUGUCUGCUGUUGCUGCUGCCUCUGCUGCUCCUGCUGACAAGGCUCUCACAACCAGUAUCUUUUCAUCAUUCUUCACAACUUUGUUUCAAUUUUUUACACAUUAACAGAGAUUAAAAGAAAAAAAAUGUUCAGGCGGCAGCAACUGGAUACGAGUGUAUGUUUAAGCUGGACCUCAGUGCAAUAAUAACAGGAAGACCCGUCACAGGCUGUAAGAGUAUCUUCAUCGCGAUCUGUGUUCGAGGAAGAUGACCAGCCAUGGCCUCCAAUGCAAAUGGCAUAGAACUCGGGAAAGACUGCGACCAAUUUUCCUCGUAUUUUCUCCUUUGCUAGUCGGAGCAGUAGUGCUGAAUGGCUCUUAAACUUCCAGAAAAGGACUGUAAGCUGGAAUUUGUCUCCCAUGUGGUGGUGGUGUGGGUCGGGCGGUGCUGGUGCUGUCACGGCUGUGUUGUUUUUCCAUGGAGCGCACACCGGCCUCCUCAAGGGCCCUCCAGCUUGAGGGUGCGCGUCCCGACACCAUCGCUUUGGCUAUGGCUUUAGUCCCGCUACUCGUGAUAACUCGUUAAACUAUGUUCAUUUAGUCUUGAAAACACUAAAUGGAACAUCACUAAUAUUCUCUUAAGUCUCACGAUUAUUUUAUACGUGGACUGAUAACUCUGGUAGGAGGCUGUGAAGGCGAGGGAGGCAAGGCCAGCGGCAGGAGAUCGGGACGACACAUACCAUUUGGUUGGUCCAGCCGUAUUGAUCGGCAAAGCUGGACUUCAUAGAACCACAUCCUGGAAUGUGGGAGAUACAGGGGAAAAAUUAUGAAAAAAGUGUUUCUCUUUCACCGGAACAAAACGGGAGCCAGUGUUUAAGGCCAGCAGGGCAUAGCAGACCCCAGCCAGCACCAGCAACCAGCAGGCGCACGCCCAGCCUCCCUGCACCUCCCCCUACCUCCCUCCCCUCACCUCCCUCCUCCCCACCACCCCGCUGGACAUCAUCAUCACUACAUCACCAUCACGUCACCAACACGUCCUCAUCACAGGCAAAGAGGAAAUGUGUGUGUGUGUGUGUGUGUGUGUGUGUGUGUGUGUGUGUGUGUGUGUAUGUGUGUGUGUGUGUGUGUGUGUGUGUGUGUGUGUGGUGGGGUGUAGCGGCAGGAAACACGGCUGCCCCGACACACAGCGACCCUAGUGUAACUUGUCCACACUCCCACAGGAUAUCACGAGAGACACGACACGACCCGUCUUCCAGUAUCCUCAUCACCGGUGUCAUGCCGGGCUGGAGUGAACAUUAUAUUAAUAUUAUUUUGUGUAAGGUUGAAAAGUACCCAGAGCCAAGAUAAUGGUCAGGACUCGCGAGUGACAGGAGGUGGGUAGCUGUGGUGGAUCAGGGACACCACACCAGCCACAGACAUGUUUAAGCUGCUCCUGACACUCCUCGAAGGACCAUAUCUAGUGUUCACACCCACAGUUCUCCCCCAAAAAAGGAAAAUAGUGAACUGAUAAUAAAGACCAAACAACGCUCUCUAUACCACACCUAGUACUGCUCUCUCUCGCUUCCUGGCAUAACGAGAGUACUGUACUACACACCCCCCCCCCCGUACAGAAACGAGUACAUAUUAGCCCCAUUGUGUACAUAUUGUACAUGGCUCUCCUGUGCAGUAGGAUUUAACGCUUCUUUGACCAUAACUGUGUCUUCGUAAUAUGAAUUAUAAUAACUUAUUGAAUGUCAUAAUAUCAAUGAUCUGUCUCACCCCUCAGCGGGUCUUGUAAAUGUUUCUUAGGCGUAUCCUAACCUUGAUAGCUUCCUGUAUAGUAAAGUUUGUCCAAUUUUCGUACAACCUGUGAGACACGGGGUAGGGAGAGAGAGAGAGAGAGAGAGAGAGAGAGAGAGAGUGUAGGAACAAUCUCACAUAACAUAGCUCAGGAGAAUGAAUAUACUUGUUAAAUAUAUUUGUCUACAAGUAACACAACAGAAUCAAUAACUCACAUAGACAAUAACAGUAAAGAACAAUAAUUCCAUCACGUAUUGUACCUUUAAAAUGUGAGACCCAAGACGUUUGUAAGUAGACGAACCACCUACUUACAAAACAUUACUUACAAGAUAGAUAUAUAGAUAGAUAGAUAGAUAGAUAGAUAGAUAGAUAGAUAGAUAUAUAGAUAUAAAUUUAUUAAGCAAACAACAACCAACGAGAAACAAUAGAUUCAACCAAUGAGAACCCAGGAAAUAAUUCGAUAAUUUUUGUUUGGGUAAUUGUUAUUGGCUAGAAUAUAAGGGAUAUUUUUUUACGAGCUUAUUUAAGUUUUCUUUGGUGGAUGAUGUUAGUGUAGGG